UACGUCAGCCGCCACUGCUGCAGUAACCCUUCUAGGGCGAGAGAGGAAAGCACUGUGGAGAGGCACACGCUGUCCCAGUGCUCACGGUUAGAGUUCGAGCGUUUCUGCCAAAACCUUGGUGAGAGCCUUGCACUUGGAGAAGGGAGCACAGAUCAGGUCUUUGAGAUCGCAAAAUAUAUAUAUAUAUCAUAUUGCGUAGUGUUGACUUUUUGUCAGUUUAAUCGACCAGGGCAGCAGCUUUCCCCAAGCCCUCUUAAUCCCUGAGCUAUGUCUCCUCCAACCGUGCCUCCGAUGGGGGUAGAUGGCGUGUCUGCAUACCUGAUGAAGAAAAGGCACACCCACAGGAAGCAACGGCGCAAGCCCACUUUCCUCACUCGUAGGAACAUCGUGGGCUGCCGCAUUCAACACGGCUGGAAGGAAGGCAACGAGCCAGUGGAGCAGUGGAAGGGUACUGUGCUCGAGCAGGUUUCCGUGAAGCCCACUCUUUACAUCAUUAAAUAUGAUGGCAAAGAUAGUGUGUAUGGACUAGAACUGCACCGCGAUAAGAGAGUUUUAGCGCUAGAGAUCCUUCCUGAGAGAGUGCCAACUCCUCGUAUCGAUUCACGACUGGCAGAUUCCCUGAUUGGCAAGGCAGUGGAGCAUGUGUUUGAAGGUGAACAUGGUACCAAGGAUGAAUGGAAGGGUAUGGUCCUGGCGCGAGCUCCUGUGAUGGAUACUUGGUUUUACAUCACCUACGAGAAAGAUCCUGUUCUCUAUAUGUACACGCUGCUUGAUGACUACAAAGAUGGUGACUUACGCAUUAUUCCAGAUUCCAACUACUAUUUCCCUACAGCAGAACAGGAGCCUGGAGAGGUGGUCGACAGUCUCGUGGGCAAGCAGGUGGAGCAUGCCAAAGAUGACGGGUCCAAGAGAACUGGCAUUUUUAUACAUCAAGUGGUGGCGAAGCCAUCUGUCUACUUCAUUAAGUUUGAUGAUGAUAUUCACAUUUAUGUCUAUGGUUUGGUGAAAACUCCUUAAAUUCUUUGUGCUCUUUACAGAAGUUGUGGAACUGUUAGAUGUAAAUUAUUUUGUGUUCUCGUAGUUGUGAACGCAGAGAACAGUUUAGGUGUCAGAAAUUCGGGAAAGUGGAUAAAUUUUACUGUGCCAACAAAUCUUACCAUGACUAGUUUCACAAUUUUGCCUCAAGUGUACUUUGCUACUUUUGAUAUUGCCUUGUUCUGUAACUUAACAGUUAAAUUGGGUGCCAAUAGAAAAUUAAAAAGUGUUUGCAACCAUUGGAACAAUGCAAAAAUAGAUUAAGAAAAAUUAAUGGUGUAAACCCACACCCCGUCCUUACCCCUUCCUUUCCUUACCUUAACAAGUGUUGAGGAUGCGAAGUACAUCCUUCCACCUAUUUUCCCCAUCUUCAUGCAGAAAGUAUGUUCUAGUAGUUUCUGUAAAAAUGGCAAGCCACAUGCUUUUCUCACUUGACAUGUAGAUGAUAUCUCUUCUUAUCAGUAGCUUCAGUCUUUCUUGCUCUCUCUGGCUCUCUCUGGCCCUCACUCUUACUCUCUUACACUCUUACUCUCCCCCUCCCUCCCUUACUCUAACAGCUGAAUACACAGUACUUGUUGAUGUACCAAAAAGGCAUUCAACCAUUUCGUUAUUGAUCGUCUUUUAUUUCCUUUUUUUUUUUUUUUUCAAAAUAACACUGCUGUAAUACAUACUGGUGCUUUUAUUUCUAUAGGUUGGAUUCCCAGAAAUACUAUGUAGGCAUAUGUUUCAGAAAUAUUACAAGAUUACUAUCCAAAAUGAAAGCGCCCAUUCCAGCGUCCUCUCCAGCACUCUUUAAUGCUUGAAAAUAUGAAAGGCUAAAAAUUGCAUUGUAUUGCUUGUUAGUUUAAUUGCCUUUUGUCUGAGUUCAAAGAGAUUUGUUGUUGCUGUCCUUGUUUCUGUUUGGAUUUUUCUCUGAUUUGCCUGUUCUUACCCUUUGCUCAUGUAUCUAUUGAUGUUUUUCAUUAUAAAUUUGUAGAAAUUCUUACUACAUAGUGCAUAUUAAUCAUUUGUAGCUCUAAUGUGUUAUGAUGUUUUCAUCUUGACUUUAUUGAUGAUAUAUUUUUCUUUAAAAUUUUUAAACUUUUUAGGUAGACACUUAUCUCUUUUAUAGAUUUUGGUUUCCUUUUUUUAUCACAUGGAUGCCCCCACCCAAAGUCAUAACUUUAUUAUUUUUAAUGUUUAAAUGUUUGAUCCAUCUGAAAUUUAUUUUUCUAUAUGGUGUAAGAUGGGGAUCCAGCGAUAACAUUUUGUUCACAUUGGAUACCUGAUUGUGACAUUUAUUUAAAAUAUUACCCAUUUUCAAAUUUCUGAGCUAAUACCAUGAUUUAAUUAUAGUGGCUUCAUCGUAAGUUUUAGAAUCCGAUAAAGCAAGUCCCACUUCAUUAGUUUUUUUUUCUUUAUAUAAUCUGUCCUAGGCAUUCAUUUUUUCAUGUGAAAAAAUGAAAUGCAGAAUUUUAAUAAAAUUCUAAUUAUGAUGGCUGACAUCACAAUUAAAAUCCUGCAUUUUUGUUUAGAGGGCUCUUUAAUAAUAUUAAAUCUUAGCA